CUCCUCUCUUAUGUUUUCUGAUUAUAUUAUUCCCAAAAAAAAGAUUAAUUGCCAAAAAAAAAAAAAAAAAAAACCCCAAAAUCGAAUUGCUAAUUCCUGACGUUUGACCCGACCCGGGUGGUGCAUUCGGUUUCACAUACCUUUGUCAGAGGUCGAGCUCCAUAACCAAAUUUCCAACCCGUUUAGAUCGCCAAAGUACGAGAAUCUCUCUGUGAAAAGUGAAAACUUUCACAAUGGGAAGCGAUAGGAAGUCCAAGGAGAAGAGCAGCAAGAAAAGAAGUUCAUAUUCUUCAGGCUCAGAAGAUGAGGGAAAAGGAAAGAGGCAGAGAAGAGAAGAAGAUGAGGAGAGGAAGAGCAGAAAGAGUGAUAGGAAAGAGAAGAAGAAGGAGAAGGAAUCCCAUAAGCACUCUAAACGCCAUUCUGACAAAGAAAAGAAGUCAAAGGAUAAGCACAAAAGUAAACAUCACAAAAGUGAUCGCCACUUGACACACCAGUUUCAAGAGCUGUCCAGUGAUGACUAUUUCUCUAAGAACAAUGAGUUUUCUACCUGGUUGAAGGACGAGAAAAAUGUGUUUUUCUCUGAUCUUUCAUCAGAGUCUUCACGUGAGUUGUUCUCGGACUUUAUCAAGGUUUGGAAUGCUCAAAAGCUUGAAUCCCGUUACUAUGAGGGCAUUGCAAGUGGGCCACGGACAUCCCAUCACUGGAAAAUCAAAGGAUAGCAAGAAAAGCUGGCUAGGUGUUGCAGAAAACUCUCACCAGCUCUCAACCUCCGACCUCCAUUCUCCAAAACCACUUCUCGACUCGCUUUUUCACGCCAAACCCACUUCAGGGCUACACCCAUUUCCUUCCCAUGCAUCAUAGAAGAGCCCACAAGCCAUGGCAUCCCAUUCCUCUCAAACCACCCGAACCCCGAGAUCUCGAGCUUUGCUCAAAGGGGUUUCUCGGAUAUUACCCAAGAGAUCGUUGGGAGAGCAGUGCAUGGACUAUGCGUAAAGGGUUUGGUGCGUUUGAAAGUCACCCAUUCGAAUACUUUGAUAACUAUGUACUCGAGGUUUGGUCACAUUGAACGUGCUCGGAAUGUGUUCGAUAAAAUGUGUGAGAGAAAUGAUGCUUCUUGGAAUAACAUGAUUUCUGGGUUUGUUAAGGUGGGUUUGUACCAUGAAGCGUUUGGAUUCUUUCGUGAAAUGUAUGGAUAUGGUGUGGAGGCAAGUGGGUUUUCAGUUGCUAGUUUGGUAACAGCUUGUGAUAGGUCGGAUUGUAUGUUACGUGAAGGGCUUGAAGUCCAUGGUUUUGUUGUUAAGAUUGGUUUGAUAGGUGAUGUUUUUGUUGGUACUUCACUUUUGAAUUUUUAUUGCACUUAUGGGCCUGUUUCUUUGGCUAGGAAGCUCUUUGAGGAGUUGCCUGACCGGAACAUAGUCACUUGGACUUCAAUGAUUGUUGGGUACUUGGAUAAUGGAGAUUUAGAGGAAGCUAUAGGUAUGUAUCAGCGUAUGAGAUGUGAAGGGGUAUGUUGCAAUGAAAACACUUAUGCUGCAGUCAUUAGUUCUUGUGGGAUGCUUGGAGAUGAAUUGUUAAGUCAUCAAGUUCUUGGACAUGUUGUAAAAUCAGGAUUAGAGAGUAAUGUUUCUGUGGACAAUGCCCUCAUAUCGAUGUUUGGUGCUUUUGGUCGAAUGGAGGCAGCCAGUUAUGUCUUUGAUCACAUGGAUGAACAUGACACGAUCUCAUGGAAUUCAAUGAUUGCUGCACAUGCACAUAAUGGGCUCCGUGAAGAAUCAUUAAGAUAUUUUUAUUGGAUGCGUCGCAUCAACAAGGAGAUAAAUUCUAUUACAGUUUCAACUUUGUUAACUGCCUGUGGGACUAUGGAUAAUCUGAAGUGGGGCAGAGGAAUUCAUGGUCUAGUAGUGAAAUUGGGACUCGAAUCAAAUGCUUGUGUAUGCAAUACCCUUAUAAACAUGUAUUCUGAGGCAGGGAGUUCUGCGGAUGCGGAGUUGGUGUUCCAGAAAAUGCCAGACAAGGAUUUAAUCUCAUGGAACUCCAUGAUGGCAAGGUAUGUACAGGAUGAGAAGUGCCUGUAUGCAUUAGAACUUUUUGCCGAAAUGAUUCAGAUGAGAAAAGCAAUGAACCAUGUGACUUUUACAAGUGCAUUAGCAGCCUGUUCAGACCUUGAAUUUCUUGUUGUGGGCAAGAUUGUCCAUGCCCUUGUAGUUCUUGCAGGCUUACAUGACAACUUGAUCAUUGGUAAUGCCUUAGUUACAAUGUAUGGAAAAUCAGGUAUGAUGAUUGAUGCAAAAAAAGUAUUUCAAAAAAUGUCGAACCGAGACGAAAUAACAUGGAAUGCACUCAUAGGUGGUUAUUCUGAAAAUAAAGAACCAAAUGACGCUGUAGAAUCUUUUAAAUUGAUGAGAGAAGAUGGUGUACCUGCAAACUACAUUACAAUUGUAAAUGUUCUUGGUGCUUGCUUGACUCUUGAUAAUCUACAAAAACACGGGAUGCCUAUUCAUGCAUAUAUAGUUGAGACAGGAUAUGAACCAGAUAAAUAUGUGCAGAAUUCCCUUAUCACAAUGUAUGCCAAGUGUGGCGAUCUGAAAUCAAGUAAUUAUAUUUUUGAUCAUUUAGCUUAUAAGAACUCUAUCACGUGGAAUGCUGUAAUAGCUGCAAAUUCUUAUGCUGGCUGUGGAGAAGAGGCUCUAAAGUUUUUCGCAAAGAUGAGAUGUGCUGGAGUAGAUUUGGAUCAGUUUAGCUUCUCUUUAGCUCUUUCUGUUACUGCUGACUUAGCUAUACUAGAGGAAGGCCAACAGCUUCAUUGUUUGGCAACUAAACUUGGUUUCAAAUCAGAUCAUUAUGUUAUAAAUCCUAUGAUGGAUAUGUAUGGAAAAUGUGGGGAAAUGGAUGAUGUGUUAAAACUACUCCCCCUACCAAUUAAUAGGUCACGACUAUCCUGGAACAUACUAAUAUCAGCUUUUGCAAGACAAGGGUGUUUCAAGGAGGCUAGGGAAACAUUUCAUGAAAUGUUAGAGCUGGGUUUGAAACCUGACCAUGUCACUUUUGUCUCGCUUCUCUCUGCAUGCAGUCAUGGGGGUCUAGUGGAUGAGGGUCUUGCAUACUUUGCUUCAAUGACUACAGAAUAUGGUGUUCCAGCAGGAAUUGAGCAUUGUGUAUGCAUAAUUGAUCUUCUUGGACGAUCAGGAAAGCUUGCUGAAGCUGAAACUUUUAUUAAACAAAUGCCAGUCCCAGAAAAUGACCUUGUCUGGCGAAGCUUGCUGGCUGCAUGUAAAAUCCAUGGGAAUUUGGAGCUCGCAAAGAAGGCUGCAGGACAUCUUCUGGAGUUAGCUCCAUCAGAUGACUCAGCUUAUGUGCUUUAUUCAAAUGUCUGUGCAACUACUGGGAGAUGGGAGGAUGUAGAGAAUGUCAGGACACAAAUGGGAUCUAAUAGCAUAAAGAAGAAACCUGCCUGCAGUUGGGUUAAGUUGAAAGAUAAAGUGAGUUCAUUUGGAAUGGGAGACCAAUCCCAUCCGCAGACAGAACAGAUAUAUGCCAAGUUGGGAGAGCUUAGAAAGAUGAUUAAAGAAGCAGGUUAUGUUUCUGAUAUAAGCUAUGCACUACAAGAUACAGAUGAGGAACAGAAGGAGCACAAUCUUUGGAACCACAGUGAGAGAAUUGCCCUUGCAUUUGGCUUGAUUAGUACUUCAGAAGGUUCACCUCUCAGGAUUUUCAAGAAUCUUCGUGUUUGUGGUGAUUGCCAUUCUGUUUACAAGUUUGUCAGUGGAAUUGUUGGGAGGAAAAUCAUAUUGAGGGAUCCAUACCGCUUUCACCUUUUUAGUGGUGGAAAGUGUUCUUGCUCUGACUAUUGGUAAUGAAGUACUUAAUUAGAUACUUAAAAUAUUAGCUCUGAAGGAGUGCACAGUACUGACUUGGAAAUCAAUGUUGAGUUUGAGUGGCAUCAGGUAUAAGGUCAGUUUUGAAUCCCAUCAUCCACUGGGAUUAGAAAUUAGCUUUUAGUUCUUGAUUAUGCACAACAAUCCAUCCAAUUCUUUGAUAGCUGUUUUUUUUUUUUUUUUUUGUACAGCAUCUCUUUAUUUUAUAUCCUUGAAUUCCAUUGAGAUUACGGAAAAGAAAAUCAAUUGCUCAAUUUGUCAA